UACCUAUCGACGCUACGGACCUUGUGUCCAUACCUUUUCUUCCCUCUUUUCUAUAGCUCAGUCUCAUAGCACAAACUUCCCAAUGUUUUCUUCAAUACCCUUUCCGGCUGAGGCAGAUACCCAACCCUCUCCAAAUCUCUCGAUAAUUUCAACCUUGCAUGCUAGCUCCUUAGACAUAUGCCAGUCGGUAUAUGGAGAAACAUCUUCGUCUCAGGAUGCUAUUGAACGAUUUUAUGAGCCUAAUGCUGGUGUGUAGACAACUUGUUCUUCGUUUUCAAUCACAUAGCUCAUUUGUUGGUUCCUUAGUAUACGAAAAUCCAAUGAUAACAACUACUUCCCGCGCUAUGCUUUCGGAUGUUUAUCGAUUCUCCAGACAAUUCAACGCUGUCAAUGUCCCACGUCCUCUUGCUGUGAUCUAUACAUUAUUCGGUCUCAAACCACCAGAAUAUGUAAACAAACCGUUACUUCAUGCUCUCCGAGCUUGGUCCGAAAUUGGUGAUAUCAGUGAGGCAGAGGGGUUUGAUGGAAAUAGAAAAACCAUCGUAGAACAUACCCUCCAUGUCCUAUUCCUUCCCGGGCUCCACACCGAUUCCAGCCCCAACUUUGGUCACUCGACAGACUCACUCUUAUCUCCUCCACCAAAUCCGACCCACCCCGGAAUUCGCAUUCCAGGAACAAGUCUGAACGUCCCUUCGCCCCUCCAUUUCCGCCUGCACGUAAUUACCCGGUUAGUUUUUAACGAGCAGGGCCGAAUAACCCACCAUCGUGACUUUUGGGAUGUUAGAGACGUCAUGCGUCUCAUUCCUGGUGUUCCACUUGCUCAGUGGAUCGGGAGCAGAGUUGCUGGGUUGGGACUUACGUAUAUCGCUCGGGCCUGGAUGAAAGGGAGUGAGAAUCCCAAUUCCGAGGAGAAGGAAGAAGAGAAUGGACCGGAUGGCGACAUUGAACAAGGUCCUGCGACAAAGACAGCUCACGUAUAA